AUGAAGAUUUGUCGCUUACUCGUACUAACUGUCUUCAUUACGUUAAUAUAUAAUUUAAAGGGCCAAAAACCGACAAGAAAAAUUCAACCAAAAUUCAAUAGGUUUUUUGGAAAUAUUUCACGUGAGUGUUUGAAAGAACAUCGCGUCACUCCAGAAAGAAUAUUGGGCGUCUAUACUUUAAAUAUUAAUGACCGAGAUGCAAAAUGUUAUGUUGCUUGCAUGUUGUUGCGAUUCAAUGUGACUACUACAAAUGGAAGUUACAAUGAUAAGGCAUUGGAACAAUUGAUGGCGAGGCCAAAUUCUAAUAAUGAAAUUCAAACUAGUAUGAAAACAGCUAUAGCAAUUUGCGAAAAGCAAGUUGACAGAGAUCCUUGCGAAAAAGCGGUUAAGUUCACAAAAUGCAUUUAUGCUCACAAAGAUGAAUUUAUAGUUAAAAAGAAAGAAAACAGUUCUACGCCACCUGCUGAUCGUCGACGACCCUUUUCUGCUCAGGGAAAACGUCCUGUACGCCACUCAACCAUAUUAUGA